AUGCUGGAAGUGCUGACACCUUGGAGCCCCAAAGCUUCUGUGUCGGAAGUGAUCACGCUGGAUGACUUGACCAUCAUCUUCCACCGCACGAUCCGCGUCCCCGACAACAAACGCUCCAAUUCACUUCCACCUAAUGAGGGGAAGUUUCCUCUUUUCCAAGUCAAAGACUAUGCUGGAAACCUUCCCCUCUCAAUGGCGCAGAAAGGCGGCAUGUUCAUUCCCAUGUAUCAACGAGAAGCCUUGUGGAUCAGGUUCAAGUCCCAGAAGAGAUACGCGAUCAAAAUCUACGUCGGAGAUGUAAACAUUGUUUCAGGCGAGCCAUCAGUCCCAACUGCAGCAACUUCACUCCGUCGUCGCCAUCUCUUGAAGGAAGGCAAGAGUAUUCAAGAUUACAUCGUUGUUCCCGACCAGAAGUGGAUAGAUGGCGUGGCUGUCGAGCCAGGUCAUGUUCGUCAGUUUGUGGCUAUUCCAACUGCAACUGAAUGCUCCAUCGAGGCCCAGAUGAACCGUGAAGAAACAACUGAUGGCAUUCAGUUUGAGAUCACCCGUCUUGAUCCCCCCCUUUCUUCUGGUCCCGAGUACAACAUCAACGUCAUGGUCAAGGGCUUGAACGGUGAAACCUUCAACUACUUUCUCUCGCGGUUCAGCAAAGUCGAGGAUCUCAAGUUGCUCAUUCGAGCCAGGGAUGGCAUUGAAGUUGGUCACCAAAAGCUGGUUUGGACAUCUCAACAUCUUCAAGACGAGAAAAAAUUAAGCGACUACAAUCUUGGAAAUGGAGCACUUCUCUAUCUCUUCGUCCGCCUCCGUGGUGGCAGUUCAAUGCCUGAACAGCCGGAGAUGAACAUCGCCGCUGGUGGUCUCAUCCGCCAAAACAUCGUCGAGGAGCCCAAAGGCCCAUACCGAAAGUCAACCACAGUCACCGUUAAUGUGCAAAUUCUCAACAGUGCCACUUUCAGUCGCGUCACAGGUCGAGAACCCCCACCAAGCCCCAUCACAGCCAGAACUUACGCCAGAUAUGGCUACCCGUUCUUUUCGCUCGACGAAGGCCCAGCCACCAUCUCUGGUGACUUUCUUGGUCUCAAGUCGCUGGGUCAGCUUGAAGGACGCUCUGAGAGAAACGUUGUGGGCAUUCCUAUCGUUGAUGUUGAAACGGGACAAGUCCUCCGUGAGUGGAUUUGUAAAACUUGCAAGGCUAGAAACGUCUCAGGGAUGCGGGUGUGUAAGUCCUGCGACAGGCGUCGUCCUGCAUUGAAAAGGCGUAACAAGAUCGGGCUUUUGAACCCUGAGGGACCCAAGACUCCUUUCCAGUUUUCUUCGGAGAUUGCUGAAGAGCUCAACAAAAAACUCACAUUGUUUUAG